ACAGUUGUCGUCUCAAUGAGCAACAAUAUAAUGACAGCAAAAGGAAAUUCACUUCAGUCGCGUGCGAGCCAUAAGAAUGAACGGACAUCAUCACAUAAACUACUACACUAAUCAUUCUAUUGUAUAAAAAUAAAAACGAAAAAGAAAAUUGUAUAACAAUAUUUAAAAGAAAAAUUAACAAAUUGAGAAUCAAUCUAUCUAUCUAACUACAUAUAUCUAAUCAUAAUUCUAUGAAAUCUACAUAAAUACUUAAUAAAUCUUAUACAAAUCAAACCAAUAGAUACGAUUCCACCAACACACAACACUAACCAUAUUAUCGCCAAUGUCGACGAAGAGCAAGAUCAUCAUACAUAAAUAAGUUGUUGUAGCAUGUGCGUGCUUUUAUUAUUGUGAAACAUAAACGAUCAUUAAUGAAUACAACAUCCGAACUUUAAUAAUGAUUUAUUUUUAAAGAAUCUUUAAUUGUUGUUAAAUACAUUUUAUACUUUUGGAUUAUAAGAACAAUAAGAGUAAAUUAGGAAGAGAUUUUGUAGUGAUAAAAAUAUUUAUAUAUGAUAAACAUAAAUUCCUGUGAUCUCUUUCUGUGGUUCUCAGAUCUCUUUUUGCACAUAGAGCAAGUGUUUAGUGAGAGUGUUUAGUGUGCCGGGGCAGUAAAAGUUCCUGCAAGUUGCUUAUUAAGUGUCUUUUUCUAAAUAAAAAUAAUAAAUUAUUUAUGUGCAUGUGAAGUGCAAAAAUAACAGAAAAAAAUAUAUACAAAUAAACAUCAUAUCUCAGCAUUUUAUCCAACUUAUUCCGUUAAAUAGACUUCAAUUAAAAAAAAAAUAAAUAAAAAAAAACAAACAAAACUAAAAGAUUUCAAAACAUUCUUAAUCAAGACAACGAACAUGACGGCCGAGACACUUAAACCAUUCAUAACACCCACAAGUGAUGAAAACUAUGUGACAACAGAUUCAAGUGCAGCAGUAGUAUCACGUCAUCGUCGUAGUUGCUACUUCCUUGCAAUUACCGCAAGUGUGAUUGCAGUUAUUUUAACAGCUGCCUUGCUGGGCAUAACGAUAUGGAAUACGACGCGCAUUUCAAAUUUGCAAACAGAAGUUCAAAGUUUAAAUAGAGUUAUCGACAGCUUGCACAAGCGUUUGGGUCUUACAUAUUUGGACUAUUUAAGUGAUUUCGAAAAAGAGGAGGAGAAUAACAAUGCUCUAAUUGAUGAUGUACUUCCCGAUGAAGAUUUCGACGACGAUGAUAAUGACAUUGAAAAUAUGAGUGGAGAUGAUGAUGACGAUGAAGACGAAGAUGAUGAGGAAGAUUAUCAAGAGCUAAUGAAUAAAUUCCGACACUAUCAAGAAACUGACGAUGAUGAAGAUGAAACUGACAGGGUGGAUUCCAUGGGAGAAGAUAAUUUAUAUGAUGAUUUUGAAAAAUUCAAUGAUUCCAAAAAGAAACAUCAAGGUGAAAGAAAAGCGAGAUCGGUUGCUGCCUUUAAUGAUGAUAAUGAAAAAUUUGGGGAGAAAACUCACCACGAACGACAAAUAAUUUCAAGGUUAUUUAAAGAUAGCUAUCCUAAAUCUAUAGUUGCUAAUGAACAUUUCGAAAGACGCCGCUCUCCUCUAAGAGUUUUAAACUCUCGCAGACGCAAAUUUCCUAUAGUUAAACAUGGUGAUUCUCUAAUUUCAGUUAAAAAAACAAGUACAACAUCAACUUCAACGACAACAACAACAAAUAAUCCAAUGGAAACUAAACCAAUGGAUGUUAAACCAAUUGAUGUUAUACCAAUUGAUGUUAAACCAAUUGUUAGACCAAUUGAUGUUAAACCAAUUGAGGUUAAACCGACAGAAAAGGAAGUUAGACCGGCAGCACAUUUUCAUAUUACUCACAGAGUACCCUACGACGAGCAUGGAGUGCAAAUAAAUAACCACAAAGGCGAUGUUUAUAUUGGAAAACCUAGUGCGACCAACGAGGAUUAUGUUGAGAACUAUUUCGAUGUUGAAAAAGGUGUAAUAACAGUACGAGAACCUGGGCUUUAUUAUGUUUAUGCUCAAAUUUGCUAUAAUAAUGAUCAUCCAAAAAAUGGUUUCGCCAUUUUCCAUGGCAACAAAGGGUUCCUGCAAUGUUUGCAAAGUUCCCCACCCAGCAUUGCUACGCUCAUCAAUACCUGUCACACAAGUGGCCUUAUUCUUCUGCGGCAAAAUGAACGGCUUCAUAUUCGAGACUUUCAUUCAGAUCGCUCGACAUAUUUAAGUGAAAAAAGUGAUCGAAGUUAUUUUGGUUUAAUUAAAAUCUAAUCAAUUAUAAAUAAGUGUAAUUAAACAAAAAGUUGUAAGAAUUUUGUAUUUAUAGUCAAUAAAAAAAUGUAUGUAUAUGAUAAAUUAUAAAAAAA